GCCCGGUUUGCAAUUGCCGCAUAGCUCGAAUUCUGGUUUUAGUCGAAUACUGUCUUGUCGGAGUAAAACAAGAAAAAAUAAAUUGAAAAUAUGGCGAGUGAAAGAAAGUUCUUCGUUGGUGGUAAUUGGAAGAUGAACGGUAACAAGGAAAGCAUAGAUGGUAUUGUGAAGUUUUUAAACGAAGGCGGCCUAAAUCCAAACACCGAGGUAGUCGUUGCUCCAUCUCCCAUUUACUUGCCCUAUGUACGCGGAAAACUUAACUCACAAAUUGGUGUUGCCGCACAGAAUUGUUACAAAGUUGAAAAAGGUGCUUUCACAGGAGAAAUAAGCCCUGCUAUGUUGAAGGACAAUGGUAUUGAUUGGGCAAUUCUUGGUCACUCUGAGAGAAGACAUGUCUUUGGUGAAAGUGAUGAGCUAAUUGCUGCGAAAGUUAGUCAUGCAUUGAGCUGUGGCAUAAAAGUGAUCGCAUGUAUUGGUGAGAAACUAGAUGAGAGAGAAGCAGGAAAGACAGAAGAGGUUGUUUUCAGGCAGACCAAAGCCAUUAAAGAAGCUGUAUCUGACUGGAGUAAAGUGGUACUAGCUUAUGAACCAGUCUGGGCUAUCGGCACUGGAAAGACUGCAACUCCAGACCAGGCACAAGAAGUACAUGCUAGCCUUCGUAAAUAUUUGACCGACAAUGUAUCAGCUGAUGUUGCCAAGUCUGUCAGGAUCCUAUAUGGUGGUUCUGUUACACCUAAGAACUGUAAAGAACUAGCAGGCAAGCCUGACGUGGAUGGUUUCCUGGUUGGUGGAGCUUCAUUGAAACCAGACUUUUGCGAGAUCAUCAAUGCUAGAUCUUAAAAAUAAGAGUACACUGAUACCUGGAAUGGAAAUAAUUGUGUAGAUUGUGUGCGUGUUCAUGAGGUCAGAUAACUAACCCGACCUUGUGUAGUUUUUGCAUGCUCAUCCUAAUCUUAGCUGCACAAAUUUUUCAAAUAAAACUGUCUGAUCAUGUACAUUAUUCUUGUAUUACAAAUUGUAAAAUUCUCCCGUAUUAAAAGCAUGAACCUCUCCAAGCCCAGUGGCAAACUUAAUUAAGAUAAAAAAAAAUGUGACUGAGUAAAGACUUACACUUACCACCUUUGGCAUGUUGUUUUCAAUGUUACCAGAAACACUGUUUUUUUUGGCCUAAAUGCAUGUGAUGGUUCACAAUACAUUGAGUCAAUUACAUAUAUGCAUUCAGAGUCGCGCAACAAAGCAUUUUAUGUACAUGGUCCACAUGGUGCAUUUUGUAUUUCUUUGGUUACCCAUAAUGCUUUGCAUUCACCAAGUCAUGCAAUGUAUAUUCCAUAAUAUACAAGUGGCCUUGUAUACAUCUUUUGUUAGUGUUUUGUGAUGCUGUUCACACGCCCCAUAUCAUAAUCUGUUUUUUGUUUUCAAUUUUAUUCCUACAUGUAUACUGUAUUUGUUUAUUAUAAAGCAAUUAUUGCAUUUGUUUUAUUCUGAAUCAUUAAAUUAACUUAUUUCGACAUACCAGUAGAUGCACUUCCACAAUUUAUGUAACCACAUAUACAACUAGUAAAUCUAAUACAGUAAUUCUUGUUUACUGAGCCAAAAUGAAUUACUGUGGAAUAUUUUAUUUUCGCUGGAAUUAAUUUUCGCUGAAAAGGCUUUUUGGGCCUUUUUGGUUGGAAUUUAUUUUCACUGAUUUUUGAUGAGAUUAAUGUGAAAUAUAGGAAAAAAAGUAUAUUCGCUGGAUUUUAUUUUCACGGAAUCAUCCCUUCAGCGAAAAUAGCGAAAAUAAAUUCCAAGCGAAAAUAAAGUAUUCUACAGUAGUUUUUCAACUGUAGAGGGUGCUGUUCACAGGUGCUUAUUUUUUGCACCCCAUUAGUUGCAACAUGGAGGUAAUAAGGUCAUUUGGGUUCAGUAUUGUGUGUAUCAACAAAUUGGAAUAAAUUGGCAACAGGCCUCUCAUAGAAUUCAAAUAUGAAAGUGUACUUUUAAACGGAGUAGAGAUCAUGACAAGAGAUUUACUACUAGGAAGUGCACACUAUGAAGUAGAUGCAUCAGAGUCUAGUACAUGAUUAGGCUUCCAUAGUAAGCAUACAACUAUAAUGUACAUGACAUGCAUAUAUGUAAUUGACAAGUUUUAUUUGUUUAUGAAAUGAGCACCGAAAUUGUUUAAAGCAAUAGCACUUGCCAGUUUGGUGGUUCUUCUGAUUUAUAUUUUUUGUGGCAUGGAGUCUACAGUCUUGAAAAAGCUGUCAUAAGAGGUGCCAAUAGUUUGUGACUUUUAAAGUGAGAAACAUAACGAGCACAUAUUUAUUGAAAUCUAUCAGUUCACCACCCUUUGAUUUAUUAUGUAUUAUGUGUACCAUAGAGCAAGAUGAAUAAAAUUUGAGAUGAAAGUUUAGU